AUGUAAUUGUCAAAAUAAGAAGCAAUUCUAAAGGAAUUAUUCGAAGAUGAUUAUUUUACUCAAAUCAUUCAACAUCCCUCGGUCCAAUCCCCAUACGAAGAACUUACCUGUUCAAUUUGCUAUAAUCUCCUUGAUAUUCCAAUCGUACUACCCGAUUGCAAACACACAUUCUGCAGAGACUGUCUCGACGAAUGGGUUGGCAAAUAAGCAAUGAAUUGCCCUCUUUGCAGAAUCGAUGUCUCACAUUAUUUAAGUAUUGAUGCCUCUAACAUUUUUAAAGCAAACAAAUAAUUGAAAUUCAGUCUCAUUGAUUUCAACACAAUGUUUCUGAUAGACAACAUUGAGAUUAAAUGUCCCUAUUGCAAUUGGAAAGGUAAGACGAAGGAUCUCAAGCUUCAUUAACAAAAGUAUUGCAAUCUAAGGUCAUGUCCACUAAAUUGCAAUCAAAAAUUCACCUCAGAAGAACUCGAACUCCAUAAAGAUAUUUGCCAACACAGAAUCAUUAAAUGUCCUCAAUAUUGUGGUGAAGAAUUUGAGGCGCACAAAGUAUUUGCUCAUCUCUAAAACUGCAUGUACACCUAUAGAGAGUGCACUAAAUGUAAUUGUAUUUUGUAGGGUGCAAAAAUGUUGAAUCAUAAUUGUAAUAUUGAUUCUUGUAGAAAUUCUUAAUUUGGAUGCAAAAAACUAGAAAUGCAUUAAAAUUGUGAUUUUGAAUUUAAUUAUUGCAAGAAUUGUUUCAAUUUUUUAAUGAAUAAAGAUCUAUAGACACAUAAUUGUCAGAUGUAGAGUAACAUACAAGAAGUGCUAAAAUCGUUUUAAAAGGAAUUGCUAGAGUCUUUAUAACCAGUUAAGCAUGAUUUAAAACUAUUGGAAAAUGCAAUGAAAAAAUGUCAAUAAGAGUCAAUUCUAUUGUUAGAUGUACCGGCUGAGAGAGUAAACAUAGUUGAAAUAUUAUAACAAUUUGGGCCAAUUCAAAAUCUGAAACAAUACUUGAACUUCCCUAAUCUUGACUAAAAAAAGGUGGCUGUUAGAUAUUUCAAUGCCAAUGCUGCACUCUGUUGUAAAAAGUACAUGAAGAUAUUUGGAAUAACAACUUAAUCUUUGGAAAUGGGGUAAAAAUAAGUUAAAAUUUAACCAAAAUAAAAAAUUUCAUGAUUUAUUUGAGUAUAUAUUUAAUUAAUUAAUUAAGUAUAAUGAAUUACUUGUUUUAUGGAUUUAUAGGAUAUUGCACUUUAUCAUUAACCUUUUUUGUAUUCCCCUACAAGAAAAAGAAUGUCUUCAAACACUCGAAAUACUAAAAAUAUCUUCAAAGAAAAGCCAUCCUUCACAUAUCACACAGAGGUGGAUGUAGGGAAAAUGUAGAAAAUACAAUGUAAGCCUUUUAACAUGCAUAUGAUCUUGGUACCGAUUGUUUAGAAAUGGAUUUGUGUAUGACAAAAGAUAAGAAAGUACAUCUCUCAUCUCUAAUGUUAGGUUGUAGUCUUGCAUGAUUCCUCUUUAUUAAGAAUGUGUGGUGUAGAAGCCCAUGUGAAAGACUAUAAUUAUUAAGACUUGCCAAAAUUUCUAGAUAAAGUCAGACUAGAUUUUGCUCCAAAUGAUUACAUCUCAACUUAAAAUUGCAAAACUCCUUAUCUUCCUUUAUUUGAAGAUGUUCUUAAAAAGUUCCCUGAUGUCUUAAUUAAUGUUGAAAUUAAAACACCCGAUCCAGAAGUCGUCAAAGCAGUAAACGAUCUAAUUCUUAAGUAUUAAAGACAAGAUACAAUUAUAUGGGGUGCCAGAUGUAUAUUAAUACCUAAUGUAAUAGUUUAACAAUAGAAUGAAUUACUUAAAUCAGUUAAUCCUGCCAUACCUAGAUUUUUCACUGUGGAAGGAAUUAUGAGGGUGUAUUUGCUCUACAUGACAGGACUAUUACCAUUUUUCGAUAUUCCAGAUGAUUCAAUGUAAGCACCACUUUACACAGACGACUUUUACAAUUGGAAACUCCAUGUAGCAAAUUCAACUUCAGAGAAGUUAUAGCAGAUGUUUUUGUAAAAUAAAUCUUCUAUUUUGAAGCCACAAUUUUGUUUGGUUUUUGGGGUUAAUUUCUAAACCUCUAUUUCAUCACUUACAUAAUAGGGGGAUUUUUGUAUAUUAUUGGGUUUUGAACAAUGAAAGGGAGUAUGACAGAGCUCUUAAAACUGGUUGUCAUGGGAUUAUGACUGAUUGUCCAACUCUGCUUAAGGACCAUUUAAUCAAAAAAAAACUAUAUGGAAAAUUGUGA